UUUUGAGAGAGGGGGGUGUUCAAUUUGGAAGCAACAGCUAAGGCUUUUUCCAUUGAGGUGCUCUUUUUGGGCUCCCGAAACAGAAAAUUAGAAAUUCACACAUAGGUCAUGCACAUAGAUAAAUACUACAUGGUGGGGAUUGGAAAUAGAAAGAAUGAAAAGAGGAACAUGAAAAGGGUCUCUGAAUCUAAUCCAUUUCCUCUUCUCCUCCUCUCCCUUUCCCCUUUCUAAUCAACUUUCAUGCCCAAAAGCGUUUCGUUUGUCCUCUAAAACCACAAACCAUCACCUAAACUCCUAAAGCGAUAUUCAAUUUUGUGCGAGAAUGGUUACUGGGUGGAGAAGAGCGUUCUGCACAUCCAUCCCCAAAGACAGAGAACCCAAAGUGUUGACAGAGAAACAACAACAGCAUUGCGAAAACAAUAGCAGCAACAACAACAAUAGCACCACCACCAAUCACAGUCCCAAAAUCAGUUCCAAGUUUAGAUUUUUCUCCAACCCAUCAACACCCCGUUGUGAAUCUCAACUUUCAUCAACCCCUAGCCUCCGUUGUCGAACCACUUGCUCAGUCCCAAACAGCCCAAAACUUCAAUGCAAAACAAAAACUCCAAGGUUUUUCCAUAACUCCAAUCCCUCAUCGCCCAAGUCGCCAUCGAGUUUUUCACUUCUCAAAUCAACUCUACGACUAUCCAAAAGUCGAUGUGGAAUCUGUAUGCAGAGCGCGAGGAGUGGGCAAGGAACAGCAAUUUUCACAGCGGAAUGCUCUCACACGUUUCACUUCCCUUGCAUAGUGAAGAAGCACCCGAUCGUCACGUGCCCCGUGUGCAACACUAGCUGGAAGGAGCUUCCGGUGCUCUCCAUCAACAACAACAACAACGACAAGAGCGACAAGAGAGGCUUCAAGGUCUACAACGACGACGAGCCUCUCAUGUCUCCAACUUCACUCUCUCGCUUCAAUCCUAUUCCCGAGUCAGAAAACGAAGACGAAGAACAAGAACAAGAUAACAUUAACACGGAGUUUAAGGGCUUUCAUGUCAAUCCACUUCCCAAUUUACAUUCAACGACGGUGAUUAGGAGGAACCUCCAGCUAUCGUUGCUGCCGGAGGCGGCCAUUGUCGCCGCCAACCGAAACUACGAGAGUUACGUCGUCGUUUUGAAGCUCAAGCCGCCGCACGUGACGAAAACGUCGCGUCGUGCUCCAAUUGACCUCAUCGCCGUGCUCGACGUCGGUGGCGCCAUGUCCGGCAGCAAGCUCCGUCUCAUGAAAAGCUCCAUGCGGCAAGUGAUCUCGUCGCUCCGUCCAACCGAUCGUCUUUCCAUCGUCGCAUUCUCGGCCGGAUCCAAGCGGCUGCUUCCGCUGCGGCGAAUGACCGGUGGCGGCCAGCGGUCAGCGCGGCGGAUCGUCGACGCGCUCGCCGCGAUUGAUCAAACAAGAGAAGGAACUCCGGUGAAGAACGACGCCGUGAAAAAAGCCGCGAAAGUUCUCGAGGAUCGCCGCGAGAAGAACGCCGUGGCGAGCAUUGUAGUCCUCUCCGAUCUGAACGACUCACGCGCUGGAAACAACAUGCACAAACCCUCGCUUGUUUCCACCACGCGGCUUGCCCACCUCGAAGUCCCAGUGCACGCGGUGCGGUUGGGAGAGUGUUCCCACGCGCUCUCAGACGACGCGCUGGCGAAUUUCGUGGGAGGUUUGUUGAACGUGGUGGCUCAGGACGUUAGGAUUCAGUUAGAGGUGGUGUCGCGAUCCCGCGCUGUGGAGAUUGCUGGCGUGUAUUCAUUAUCGGGUCGACCCGUUUCUCUCGGGUCAUCGGAUUGGAUCCGACUCGGUGAUCUCUACGCGGAGGAAGAGAGAGAAUUCCUCGUGGAACUCAAAGUGCCUGCGGCUUCCGCUGGGUCCCACCACGUCCUGACCGUACGAUCCUCCUAUCGGAACCCCCUCACUCGUGAGCCUUUGAUUCCCGUUGAGCAGGCAAUGCUCGUUCCGCGUCCCCACGCCGUACGAUCCUCGUGCGCCAAGAUCGAACGCUUACGGAACCUCCACGUCACUGCGCGAGCCGUGGCCGAAUCUUCCCGGCUCGCUGAACAUAAUGAUCUCUCUGGAGCUCAUCACUUGCUCUCUUCGGCUCGCGCGCUUCUCUUGCAGUCAAGUAAGCCGGAAGAGGAGUUUCUCCGCUGGCUCGAAGCCGAGCAAGCCGAGCGGCAACGGCGCAGACAGAGGCAAACACAGAGAAACAGUCGUGUUGAAGAGAAGGUGGAGCCGCUUACGCCGACUUCGGCUUGGCGGGCUGCUGAGAGGUUGGCUAAAGUGGCUAUCAUGAGAAAGUCUAUGAACAGAGUUAGUGACUUGCAUGGAUUUGAGAAUGCCAGAUUUUAGUUGUAAUUUUUAUUUUAAAAAUGUUAUUGUGCAUAGAUGAAAAGGAAUUAUUAAUAGAGAAUUGUUUUUUAGAAAUGAGCAUGAGACAAGGAGUAGUACUAGACGACUAGAACCUUUCUGGGUUAAUAAGGAAAGGAAGCGAUAGUGAUGGCAAAGUGAACCCACAUACAUGUAUGACUUGAUUGGGCAUUGUGGCUAGCUGUUUCUUCUCUUUUGUCC